AUGACGAAGCGCACCAAGAAGGUCGGUAUCACGGGUAAAUAUGGUACCAGAUACGGUGCCUCCCUGCGUAAGCAGGUGAAGAAGAUGGAAGUGUCCCAGCACGCCCGUUACAUCUGCACCUUCUGCGGAAAGAACACCGUCAAGCGCAAGGCUGUUGGUAUCUGGGAGUGCAAGGGCUGCAACAAGACUGUUGCCGGUGGUGCCUACACUGUCUCUACCCCCGCCGCUGCCGCCACUCGCUCCACUAUCCGUCGUCUCAGAGAAAUCGCGGAGGUUUAG